AUGGAAAAUCAAACUGUAUUAACAGAGUUUACACUCAUGGGACUCUCCAGUGAUCCACUCCUACAGCUUUUUCUCUUCUUGGUGUUUCUAAUAAUAUUUGUACUGACAUUAUCAGGGAAUGCAGCAAUCAUGAUGGUGACCAGGACUGAUUCUGGCCUUCAGACACCCAUGUUUUUCUUUCUUGGUCAUUUAGCUUUUGUGGACAUCUGCUAUUCAUCUGUCACUGUUCCCAAGAUGUUGGGGAACCUCGUAACAAAGAAGAAGACCAUUUCCUGGGAAGGAUGCAUUGCACAGAUAUUCUUCUUCUUUCAGACUUCUUGCUCUGAGGUAUUCAUCCUAUCAUCAAUGGCUUAUGACCGGUAUGUUGCUAUAUGUGACCCCCUGCAUUAUGCAAACAUUAUGAGAAAAGAAAUGUGUGAAUAUCUGGUGGCUGGAGCCUGGGCAAUGAGCCUAUUCAUAGCAUUGGCAAAUGUCCUGCCUUUGUUGAACUUGGAUUUUUGCACUAACAAUACCAUCAGUCAUUAUAGCUGUGAGCUUCCGUCAGUCUUGAUGUUAUCUUGUAGUCAGAUCCUCACCAAUGUCAUUGUUCUUCUUAUUUCUGUGUUGAUUUUCGGUGUAAGUUCAUUCCUCCUCACUCUCAUCUCUUACAUCUAUAUCAUUUCCUCCAUCCUGAAGAUUCAUUCGUCAGAAGGCAGACAUAAAGCAUUCUCUACCUGCAGCUCCCAUCUCAUUGUGGUGGGCUUAUUUUACAUUGCAGCUUUUUUCCGGUACAUGAAACCAAGUUCAGAAUCAUUUGUCGAUCUAGACAAAGUGGUUUCUAUCCAGUAUAGCAUCUUAACUCCCAUGCUAAACCCUGUGAUAUACAGCUUGAAAAACAAAGACAUAAAAAAUGCUCUAGCAAGAAUGUUUGGGAAAUUUAACUUUUUAAAAUAA